UGAUACAAUUCUUGAGGCGCUUAAUUUAAAUCUGCGGGAAUGACGCAGUUCUUACCGCCUAAUUUGUUGGCUCUCUUCGCACCACGAGACCCAAUACCAUUUCUUCCUCCCAUUGAAAAGCAUGCACACCACAGAAAGCUUCCAUACACUGGGGUAGCCCAAUUUUUAGGAGAGUUUGAGGAUCCAUCAGAAACUCCAGCCCCAGUGCGAAUCGAAACGCGUGAGGAGCGAAAGGAAAGAAAGCGUCGUGAAAAACAAGAACAAGCUAAUUACAAACUUGAGCAAGACUUAGCGUUAUGGAAUCCAAAGAAAAACCCAAAAGCUACUGCAAAUCCUUACAACACCAUGUUCAUGGCCAGACUAAAAUAUGAUACUACAGAAGCCAAGAUCAGGAGAGAACUUGAACCAUUUGGACGCAUUAAUAAUAUUGUAAUGGUCGAAAAUGUAAUAACAGGAAAAUCUCGUGGAUACUGCUUCGUCGAGUUUGAGCACGAACGUGAUAUGCACGCUGCCGUCAAAGCGCUUAACGGUCGAAAAAUUGAUGGUGCUCGCGUUGUAGCAGACAUUGAACGAGGAAGAACACGUCCUGACUGGAGACCAAGGCGUUUAGGCAAAGGUUUGGGUAAGAAUCGCCAAGGACCAAGCGACAAAUCUCAUCGGAAGCAUGAAAAUGGACGGGAUUCUAGCCGUGAUCGAAGUUACGGACGUCCUAUAUCCAGUGCACAUAUUCGCGAUCGUGAAAAAGAUCACAAACGGAGACGCAGUCGAAGUAGGUCGAAAGACCGUGAUAGGCGUGCACGUAGUCGAAGUCGUGACAGGCAUCGAAAGCGUCGCAGUCCGGAUGAACGGGAUCGUGAUCAUAAGCGCCGUGACCGUCGACGCGAUGAUAUGAUCCAGCAGUAUGGCGAAUAUGGAGCGGAGAUCAGAGCCGAAUAUAACGGAGAUAUGUAA